GGAAGAGGAAAAAGGAGAAUUAUAGAAAGUAGGCGAGAAGGAGGGACGGAGUGGGGGACUCUUUGACCCACCCAGCUCUCUGACCUGCCCAUUCCUCCUCGGCUCCUGUCAGAGCAGCUUUAUGACCGAGAAAGCAGAAGUUGCUUAAAGUUUCGCGAACAGCUUUCAUUGUCAGCAUGGCCGGAGGCUCGGUGUCAGAGUGUAAAGAGUAUCUGUUUAAAGUGCUGGUCAUCGGGGAAUUAGGAGUCGGGAAAACCAGUAUCAUCAAACGCUAUGUCCACCAGCUUUUCUCCCAGCACUACAGAGCGACGAUCGGAGUCGACUUCGCCCUGAAAGUCAUCAACUGGGACAGCAAAACGCUGGUCCGCCUUCAGCUGUGGGACAUCGCAGGGCAGGAGCGAUUCGGGAACAUGACGCGGGUGUACUACAAAGAAGCUGUCGGGGCAUUUGUUGUGUUUGACGUGACGAGGGGCGCCACGUUUGAAGCUGUGUCUAAAUGGAAGCAUGACCUAGACAGCAAGGUGAAGCUGGCCAAUGGUAACCCCAUCCCCGCAGUGCUCCUCGCCAAUAAAUGUGACCAGAAGAAAGAUACCAUCAACAAUUCAACACUAAUGGACAAUUUCUGCAAAGAGACGGGCUUCCUGGGCUGUUUUGAGACAUCAGCUAAGGACAACAUCAAUGUGGACGAGGCAGCCCGUUUCCUGGUAGAGAACAUCCUGGCAAAUGAUAAAGGUUUGCCAUACGAGGAGAGCAACGGAGACCGGAUCAAACUGGACCAGGAGACUGUAGCUGCUGAGAGCAAGGCAGGCUGCUGCUAACAUUCAAUCUGCUCACAUUAGCCAUCCGCCUCCCUCUGGUGGGGUCCAGUGAGUUCACCCAGCCUGUGGCUCCAUCUCCCUGAUGCAACGUCGGAGACGAAUAUAAUAUUUUUUUUCUUUUGUCUUUUCAAAGCUUCAGGAACUUGUCCCUGCACUGAUGCCCAUUUGACCUGUGCAUUCAAGAAUCUUAUUACUUAGUUGUAUUUUUGAUCUUGCCUCAAAGGUUUUCCAGUGCCUUUACUUUGCAUUUUGGGGGAUUUUCUUGUUGUUCCUCUAAAAAUGCUUAGAAUAUGUCUGGCUGAUUUUUCCAGCCGUUGCCCUGUUGUCAGGGCAACAGUUGGGGGGUGGUGGUUGCUGCAGAAAGUUGAGAACCACAAGCUUGAAAACUAUUUUUGACUUUGUGAUUGUCACUUUAGUGUAUUUUAAUCAGUACCAUUCCAUGUAAGUUUUUUUUUCUUAUCUAGCAGUUUUCUGUGAAAGAAAAAGAUGCAGAAGUUUUACUUCAGUGCCCGUAGAUGGACAUUACAUUUUAUUGUACACAGAAUGAAUGUCACCUACUGUUUUCAUUAUUAGACUACUAGACAGUCAUUCUGUAGAAUUUAAAAAAUGUUAUCCUAUCUUGGAUCUCUGUCAAACUGAAUGUUUUUGUCCACUUAUCGCUUAUUAAGUAUUGUGCUAUAACCUUGUUAUUAUUCUGAAAAAGGUGUGGGAAACAAUUUCCUUCACAUGGUACAGUCAAAAUUACAUUGCAAAACAAAAGUAUUUCACUAAAAAGAACAAAACUAUAUUGGCUACAUUACAACAGAAGCAUUUACAAACCUUUGUUUGGUCAUGUUUUUGCUGGCUGUGUAAAUUCCUGUUCUUUUAAAAUGUUUUGUGUCAACCAUUGCGUAACUGGUGAUGCGAUGAAACCAGACUCCGACAGAGGUCUACAGGUUUUUGUACAUGGACAUCUGUGUUGAUGUGUGUUGAUAUAUUGUAAAUAUUGUUUUUAACAUGUUUACAGAUGAUAAUACUUUUAAAUGUUCAAAACCGAAAUAGAAUAAACAUUUUAGCAGA